AUCUGUAUAUGUAUACGUGCGAGGCUUGUCGGAACGCCGUGUAUGUUACCUGUACACCAGUCCGCCACCUACACUAACACCGCUCCACCGAUCACCUACCUAUCACUCAGUGAGUACCCACCCUAGGCCUGUUGUAAGGGAUACACAGAUCAUGACAGAAGUUAAAGUCUCGGGGAAGGGAUCAAACAAUGACACCCCUAGUGAGGUUGUCCCGGGGGUAGAGGAUGUCACCGUAUCCAGUCACCUCUCCCACUCAGGUACAGACAAAGCCAUUGUGGCCGCCAUAGACUUCGGCACAACGUACUCCGGGUACGCCUAUACCUUUAGGAAUGAGUACGAGAAGUCGGCUGGGGCCAGGGAGAUAUUCAUUAACAGAUGGACACGUAAUUCGGGGGCAAAUAUGUCGGCCAAGGCCCCCACUACCGCCCUGUUUGACACCGCGAUGAACUUCCACUCCUUCGGGUACGAAGCAGAGGAGAAGUACGCGGAACUGAUCCAGCAGAAACAACAUCAAGACUGGCAUUGCUUCAGGAGGUUCAAGAUGAAGCUUCACGAUAGAAUGACACUGAAGCGUAAGCUGAAGAUAGCAGACGAGUCUGGGCGGAAGUUUUCCGCCAAAAAGGUGUACACAGAGAGUAUCAGAUACCUGCGCAAGAAAGUGCUGACUUCGAUCAAGGCUACCAAUCAAAAGAAGGACAAAGACGCAAUUCACUGGGUGCUCACAAUUCCCGCCAUCUGGACAGAGCCUGCCAAACAGUUUAUGCGCGAGGUAGCAAUUGAAGCUGGAAUCCCCACUUCGGACCUUCGGAUAGCUCUAGAGCCGGAGGCAGCCGCUGUCUACUGUCGCUCCCUCCCCGCCGGCACUUUGGUUGGCUCUCGGGAUCGCGGAGUAACGGAUGCCUUCCAACCCGGAGGGUGCUACAUGAUCGUCGACAUGGGAGGUGGUACGGUCGAUACGACGGUGCACGAGGUGGCUGAAGACGGCCGACUGAUGGAGGUUCGACAAGCGUCGGGCGGACCCUGGGGAGGAACCUCUGUCGACGACACUUUCUACGAAUUCAUUGUUGGGAAGUUUGGCAAAGAGUUCAUCGACAAAUUCAGAAUCGAAAGGGCUGCAGACUGGAUAAUGUUAACGACAGAAUUUGAAGCACAGAAAAGAAAACUGAGUUGUGACAAAAGUUCAAAAAUAAGCAUUCAGAUUCCUUCUCGACUGAUUGCUGAGAGUAAACUGAAAGAGAACCAACUGUCCGAUGGUAAAAUUGUCAUCGACAACGAUGCCCUCGAAAAUUUCUUCCGUCCAUCAACUGAAGAUAUCGUUACCCACAUCCGGUCUGUUCUGUCAGAAGUGAGUAAAAUAGAUCUCAUUUUACUGGUUGGUGGAUUUGCUACAUCCAAUUAUGUCAUCCAAAUCAUUACCAAUGCUUUUCCCGAAAAACGAGUCCUGGUUCCCCUACAGGCGGAAGUGGCCGUUCUGUUUGGUGCUGUGCUGUUUGGGUUUGAACCCCUGACUAUUUGCGCUCGCGUGUGCAGACACACAUAUGGAAUCGACAGUUUUGAAAGAUUUCGUGAGGGCGAUCAUCGACUUGACUACAAAGUGAUGGUUGACGACUUACCACAUUGUGACAAUAUAUUCAAUAUCAUUGUGGCCAAUGGGGAGAGGCUGAGCUCGUCUGAAACACGUGCACAUGCGUAUUCCUCUACACAUCGCGGGGACCAUAGACGACACACCACAAUGGUCGUUCCCGUGUUCGCCUCUACCGACCCAACCCCUAGAUACACAACAGAGGAUUCUUGCGUGGAGCUCGGCUGUAUUCGCGUGGAACCCCCAACAGACGGUUGGCCACCGGAAGUCCACUAUUGUAUAGAAAUGUUCUUUGGACAUACUGAAUUCGACCUCCUGGUGAAAGAUGAUGUUACUGGACAAAUUUAUCAGUCUCACUUUGACUUUUUGAAAUAGAAUAAAUACCUUGUAGCCUUUGAGUGAAAGGUAUACGCAGGGGAGUGGCAGAUUGAAAAAUUACAUUUUUUUUUAUAAUUUAUUACAUGUAAGUAUAUUCAGUUGGCAUUAAA